CAUACGUUACUUUAUCUGAUUCCAUAUGAACGACGCAUUUCUAGGCAUCGCUGAGCCGACAGCAGUCAGAGCUUCAUUGAAAUAAGUGGGGCAGCCGACAGACAGAAGAAAAAAAAUAUUAACCUCGGCCUUUUCAAAGACAAGCCUCGAUUCACGCAUCUUCUACAACUUCUAAAGACCUGAACUCUCGACUUUGCUCACCAAGGUUUCUUCAGGUGUUUUUUGGGGGGCGGCAGCAGAAACGUAAAAAUGUGGAGCACAUUGAGAUUCAACACUUCGGCUGACAUCAGUAAAAAUCUCAGAACAAGUCUGGAGACUUUUGUGAGGCUCUAUGGCCAACGCAAAGAUGAUCUUCAGCAAGCUUCUGAGCAUUUCAUGCAUGCAGCAGCUCUAGUUGAUAAAAAGCAUGAGGAUGACAAGAUGGCCCAGGCUCUGUUAGGUGUGUUUGGAGGGGCUAUUGGUAUAGUCUUUGGGGGUGUUACUGGUGGUGUAUGGGCUGCUUUGGGAGCAGUUAGUGCAGCAACUUAUGCCAAGUUUUGUGGCAACGUUAGUGCAGCAAGUGCAACUGUGGGCUUUGUAGGCGGUGUCUUUGGGGGAGUGGUGGGAGGAGCAUUUUCGGGGUUUAUUGGUGGAUCAGUUGGUGUUGCAGCUCUAGCAGUGGGUAUAGAAGCUCAUGGGAUCGUGAGUGAUUCAUUAUGGUUUACUGUUGGCUUCGCCACUGGUGGUGCAACUGGUAGCACAUUUGGCGGGUCAAUUGGUGCAGCAGGUGGUGCUGUUGGUGGUGGUUUUGGUGCUUUGCAUGCUACAAAAGCUGCAGUUUAUCUGGUCAGAAAAGCCAUCGAUUUUCCUUCUAAAACAAAAGUUCGAAAAGGAAAUGGAAAGCUAACGAAAGAAGUAGUCACCAUGCAGAAAACUGGAGCAGAUUUCAUUAAAAGCAUCGAACCGCUGGUGGACGAGCUAAAAACGGUGCAAGAGAUUUGUGACCAAAUGGCCUCCUGUGAUGCUGUGAAAGGCGUCGCUAAUCAGACUGCAAAGACUCUGGCUGCAGUGAACGCAAUGGAGAAAACGAUGAACCACAGUCAGAUGGAGGCAGAUGAGUCAGAGUUUCUCCGCUGUGUUAAAGAAGCAUCGAGCCAAUGCAAGAUAAUCCCUGUGGAGCUGCAGAUGAUGAGAGAGGAAGUGGAGAAACUUCUGGUUUCACUGUAGAAACACUGUUGCUGUCGGUGAAACAGGAGCUGUUCUGUUGUCUUGAUGGUUUCAUCUGUUUUACGUAGCUGUUCAUUUGUUAUUUGUUUAGUUUCUGUUUUUAACUGCUCAUUUUGUAGUUCUUAUACGCUCUUCAUACAGAAUCAGCUGUGUUAAUAUAUGUUGGCUGUCUCAUCUUUAUACAAAAUACUGUUAUACUAAAUUCUAAAUUCAGAAUCUGCACGUUACACUGGCAAAAACAUAAAAAAAAACCUCUAACAAAAAGCUUAAAGUGGAAUGACAGAAUGACAAAGUUAAAAGAAAUUAAAAAUAAUUACAAAAAUAAAUUAUCUGGAUCUAAAGCAG